AUGAAUAGCGGUACACAAGAGUAUGUGCUCGAGCAACUGAAGCAAAAUAAUGCUAACACGUAUUUAUAUUCGUUUGACUAUUGCAAUCCAAAAAACUGGGGAAUUAUGGGCUUUAUGGUGCCUUUCGAAGGUUAG